GCGGGCGAACGAGCGAGCAAGCAAGCGAUCCAGCCAUCUUGUUAGUCAACCGACAAGUCAACCAAAGAGCGUCCAGGCCAACGGUUCGGGUGGUUUUGGUAGAGGCCCCCACCCACGAGCCAAAUCAUCCAUCUAGCGCCCGGUGAUGGUUGGUGGUUGGAUGGUGGCGAUGCAUGGGUCGACCUGACCGACCACAAACUCUCCUGCCCUCUCUCCAAACCAACGUCCAACGUCCAACGAUCUUCAGUUCAUCACAAAGUCGUUGGAGACAGUAAAGGGUGUGAUUUCCCCCCCAACGGCCAGACAUUCAUUCCUCGAGACGUCCAGAAAUAUUGAGUGGCCAUUUUGGGGGCCUCUCAUUAAUAGCGAACGGUUCCGAAAUGAUGACCGCCUGCCCAAAUUAGGUGACCAUGACGGUUCAUGGAUGGGAUUGAUACGGAUGAGUGGCGUUUCCAACGAUUCUUGUUCCAUUUGAAUGAACUUGUACCUGCAUAGGUAGGGCGGGUAGAACUGAGUGAUCGUGAUAGUUCAGUAGCCCGGAAUCUACUAUGAAGGCCACACCGCCCUCGCCCUCUUUGAAUGGGUCUUUGCUGUCCUUCGGCAUGCAACCGCCGGGCGUGCGGUUAUCACCCGUGGAGCAGAACAAAAUCUUCUCGCAACUUAAGCAAUGCAACGCCAUCCGAUAUGCCGCAUAUCGGACCGCUUCCAAAUUGGAAGUGCUUCAGUCUUCAUUGCGAUUGGAACAUGUCAAGUUUGGUGUGGUUUGCAACGUGUUCCACCAUCAUGGAUUGGGACCCAGUGAAAACGAUGUGGUCUUGGACGGGAAUGAGGCGUCGGACGUGAUUUCGGACAUUUUUUUCGCCACCAGCAAAGUGAGAAACUACUACAGCGCCUCCAUGGACUUGGAGGCCUUGACCGAGGCCACGCUCAAGUUUGCUUCUCUAAUCUACGAUCCUAAUGGUUGUGGUGGUGUGUUGGUGAAGGCCUUGAAGGUCUUUUUCAUCCUCUUGAGCGAAGGACGACUCCGAGACAAGUUCAUGUACUUGUUCCGUCAGUUCUCUGACCACAAUAACUUCAUUAGCCGCAAGAACCUACGAUCGUUAUUGAAUACGAUCAGUGAAUUCCCGCAGUUCUUCGGUGAGGCUAUCAGUUUCGGACCAAGUCUCGUGGAAGGAUCCGUGUUACAAUGUUUCCAAGGGCGUGUUUCCGAGGGCGUGACUGAGGAGCAAUUCACCUCUUGGCUCAUGAGAGAGCCUCAAAUCAUCGUGUGGCUACCCACCAACUAUCGACUGACCUCGGCUAAAGGAGUGAGACACGGUCGAAGAUGUAAUAGUUGCAAAAUGGACGAUAUCAUCGGAAUGAGAUACCAAUGUUUACGAUGUGUCCGGUAUGAUUUAUGUCAGCAUUGCUUUUUCUAUGGCCACACGACGCGGCAUCACAAGUUGGAACAUCCCAUGCAAGAGUAUUGUUAUCGGAGCUCGAAGAGAGAUGCCACCAAGGCUCUCAUGAAGUUGCUCAUGAACAAUCUGCGACGUCGGAAGCUCUCUCAUAUGCGCCAGAGAUAUACGAGCCCCUUGAAAAACCCUCAUGGCGACGUCAAAGACAGAAUGUCCGAGAAGCACUCGGAUGAUAGCUCGGGAUUUCACUCGUCCUCGUCGUCGGAUAUUGAUGUGCCGGAUCAGGGCCGAAACAAGACCAAGAGUCAAAGAAAGAAAGGUUGUGAUGCCGAGGAACCUGUGCCUUCGGCCGAUGCCGAUCUGGAUCACACGGUUGUUCGACAAGAGGGCGAUCAAAUCGUAUCCCAACAUCAAAAGAUGUUCAACUCCAUUGUUCUUCACAUGGAGGAGCACAAUAACGCCAUGCUAGAAAAGUUCAAAGUGUCCGAGCAAAGUCCCAGGAAUCUCCGCAAGACCCCCGUCGACAACUGCGUAUCCAUGCAGGUCCAACUGAACCGACUGAAAUCCCUGAUGGAUUCCAUCUUCGGAUCCGUCCCCGCUCAUUCGAGCCCUGGGAAACCCUCGUUCAUUCUGCCCAGUCUGGGCGACCCCAGUGUGAUCGAAAGCACUCCUGUAAUGAAAACCGGUCGCCGAAGUGACAUUUUCAACGUGGAACGCAACUUCAGCCCCAUCAUUUUGGGUUCGCAUCCCCCGGGUUUCGAGAACUAUGCCUCGGGGGGGAUAACCCCUCGGUCUUUGCUCGCGAAUCCGAAUAAGGAGUAUAAUGAGAGCUCCCACGUUCUCAGUAGUGGUUUACCUAGUCUCAGCGAGGUGUCCAUGGGCGAUCUUAGUUCGUACCUGGUCAAGACGGGUAAGGUUCCCAUCGAGCCCAACGAGUUGGAGCGGCUGAAUAUCACGGAUGCUCUCCAAGACCAAGAUGACCCGACCAGUCGAAGUGAUCCCACAAUGGAGGAGAUGGAAGCCCUGAUGCUUAAAUUGGACCACGUGUUCCAUGCUUUCACGAUGGAUCCACAUCUACAGAGUCGAAAGUGUCCAGAUCAAGGGAUCAAGAAUAUUGUGUCAGAAUUGGGGGACAUGGUCCAUUCAUUCGCCUAUGGAUUUCGGCAAGAUCAUGAGCUGUUGAUGAGUUGAUUCAAAUAAAUGACUUUGCUCUUAUGCCUGUCAAAGGUAAAA